AUGGGUGAUUAUAAAUAUAGCAUGGGUAUUUGUUUUUCACAAAGGAAACAAAUCAUGCAGUCAUGAAGCAGCGGUAGGCUAGAAAACAUUGCUUAUAUGAGACAAAAGGUAGCUGAAACAAGGAUACUUAAUGCCCCAAUUCUUAACUUGCGCAAUAGUUCAUUAUAUUCAAGAAGGAAAGCUGAAUUAAAUCAAAUGUGCGAUAAUUCACAAGACUUAACACAAAGUACAUAA